AGCCAGAUCAGUACUUGGCCUUCGGACAGAAGCGCAUCUCUGCAACUAACCGCAGCACCGUUUCUAAGCUCACCACCAUUCGAAUACUAUCUUCGACUUCCCCGUCUACGAUUCGCAACCCGCCAAUCUUCCUCGCCAGACACUACCCGCCUCCAAUCUGGGCAUACGUACAGUGGUAGACGAGAGACCGCCACCAUCAUGGCCACCGCCGAGACCGUCGAGCUGGGCGAGCCCCACGCUCCCCGGGAGGAAUCCAUCAAAGUGUUCAACGAGAUCGAAGCCGACCUCAAGAAGACGCUGCUGCACAUGAAGCACACCUAUCUCAAGCACGAGCCCGAGUACUUCGCGGCGGUGCAGUCGCUGCCGGACGCGGCGCUGACGGGCUUCGGGGCCGUGGACCUGGAGCAAGUGCGGGUGGGCGCGUCGGCGUACGGCGUGCACCUGUUCGGCAAGGUGCGCAUCCCCGCCGCCGGCGACCCGCCCGCCUACCUGCACUUCCGCGCCUUCGUCGGCGGCGACGGCCACGACCGCCCCGGCGUCGCCACCCUCCACGCCAUCCACACCGAGGAGCGCCUCGUCCCCGCCGACGGCGACGGCGACGCCCCCGCCGACCGCCGCUACCGCGCCGUCUUCACCCGUGACGACCCCCUCGAGUGGUUCGAUACCUAGCCUGCUGCGCCGGAACGGGGACCGGUUGCGAGGGGGAGGAAAGGCGUGGUUAGGUUAGAUAUUAGGUAGUGAGGGAAGGGAGAGGGAGAGGGGGAGAUGAGAAAGUACCUACAACACGAAGAGAAAAAAAAACAGAUAUUGCUCAGCUUACACUGGGUUCUUCCCCUCCAUAACCUAACGCGAGGCCCAUUUAGUAAAGAAGCGCAUCGGGUAU